AUGUUACUCUUUGUCGUCGUCUGGUGGAUCGCGGGCGGGAAAGCUGAGGUCCGGGGACCGGCGGCAGCCUGUAAACUCUCCCUCGCCCCGUUUUAUGAAGAUUACCAAUAUUUCCAUGAUGGAGACGUCAUCGUCGGAGGAGUGCUGACCGUCAACUCGUUCGUGGCUCACUACUCCCUGCAGCCACGCAUCGUCCGUUCCGCCAUGUGCAUGAGGCCCAAUGUCAAUAAUUACUACAACAUUCUUAAAUUUAUCUACGCCGUUGAGAAAUCAGAAGACGCGCUACGGAUUAUCGCCCCGAAUAUCACGCUGGGGUAUCAUCUAUACGAUUCGUGUCUGGAUGGGAGGAAAGCUAUAAGAAGCGUUUUACAAAUUUUAUCUGGGCCAAAGAAGACGGUUCCCAAUUACUCCUGCUCGACGGGCAAGGUGGCCGGAUUCAUCGGAGAUCACUUUUCCGUUACGACUCUGCCCGUAGCAGAGCUCCUCGGAGUGUACGGCUACGCACAGAUCAGUUAUGGAGCCACAGACUACAAGCUGAGCGAUAGACGCGUUUAUCCGCAUUUCUUCCGAAUGCUUCACAAUGACCACGUCCAUUACAAGGUUAUAUCCAAGCUUCUGAAACGCUUUGGAUGGACCUGGGUGGGAAUAAUCGUGUCGGACGAUGCCGGCGGAGAGACGGAAAGCCAGUGGCUGAUGAGAUACCUGAGCAGUUACGACAUUUGCGUUGCCUUCACUAUAAAAAUUGGCAUCAAUAAAUAUAACGUUAAAAACGCAGAGAUGGAACGGAAUCUGCUGUUUGUUCAGAGGUCUUCUGCUGAGGUCAUUAUCCUGUGCGGGGCGUUUAAUUUGGCCAUCGCUGAUUUUUUGUCACGUUCGCACCGAGCAUUCAAUGACAAGACGUUAAUUCUUCCUCCGUCCUGGGCCUCUAACAGUUACCUGACUGGUAAUUUCAUACCGGCAUUUAACGGGAGUCUCGCCAUAGAGCUCUGCCCGAUGUACUUUGUAGACGACGGGGUAUUCUUUAAGAAAGUGUCUCCCUCAAAGCGCCCCACGGACAAGCUUCUGGAGUAUAUCUGGAUCACAUUACUAAAAUGCUUGACCAACGAUGCAGCCACCAAUUAUUUGUAUUCGCACAUUUAUAAGUUAACCCUUCGCAACUGCACCGGGGAGGAUUAUUUCCUCAACACUAAAGAGCAGAUGUACAUUGGGGUUUCUCCUCGCGUGUUUUUUGCCUUACAUCAUUACAUUAAAAGAGUUUCCAAUUUAGUGCGAAACGAUAGCGCUCUAUUCUUUGAUGAGAACGGGGACUUUGGCUAUUGCUAUACGAUCGUUAACUGGAGAAGACCUGACGGCCGCUUGUCGUACCCCAUCACGGUGGGGAACUUCACCCCAUGGGCCUCGGAGGACCAGCAGAUCACAAUCAGCUCUACUAACAUAGUGUGGAAGAACAAUAAGAUCCCAAUAUCCCGAUGUUCAGAGAAGUGUCUGCCAGGUUACAGAAAAGCACUAAAACCCGGAAUCCAAACCUGCUGCUACGACUGUGUCCGGUGCUCGGAGGGGGAGAUAUCCAACAGAUCUGACAGUGAGUUUUGCAUUAAAUGCCCCGACAAUGAAUGUCCCGAUGAGCGCAAGACUCAGUGUGUCUCAAAAAUGGUGGAAUUUCUGUCCUAUGAGAAUGAUCCAAUUUCUGCAAUUAUUUUGUUUGUUACAACUGUGUUCUGUUUCAUAACUGCAGUCAUAUUAAUCAUCUUUACAAAGUUCAGACACACAGCAAUUGUAAAACUCAAUAACAAGAACCUCAGCUUCCUCCUCCUGGUCUCCAUCAAGCUGAGCUUCCUCUGCGUGUUUCUGUUCCUCGGUCGUCCUGUGGAUAUAACCUGCAUGCUACGACAAACAGCUUUUGGAGUCAUCUACUCGUUAGCUGUGUCUUCUCUGUUGGCCAAAACUCUCAUGGUUUGCAACGCUUUCAAAGCCACCAAACCCGGCAGCUUUUGGGUGGGGACCAAAGUGUCUAAUUUUGUUGUCCUAAUAUGUUCCUCUGCCCAAGUUCUAAUCAACAUCAUUUGGUUGACCACCUCUCCUCCGUUCCAAGAGCUGGACAUGCACUCCUAUCCUGGAAAGAUCAUCAUUCAGUUUCUGUCCUUCGUGUCACCCUGUCUGCCUCUGCCUACACCGGCUACAGUGGUCCUGUCCUUGUCCUCUAAAUAUUUGGGCAGCAACCAGUGUGCUGUCGGUGAAAAAAGGCGUUCUGUGCACUAG